GGAAAGCCUGUUAGGUCCAACUGCAGUCAGCGCAUCAUCAGCAGGUGCUGCCCGUUAUCAACAACAACAACAACAACAACAACAACAACAACAACAACAACAACAACAACGGCAUCAGUAACCGGGACUCCCGUUCCUCCAGCCGCAAUGCACCGACUGUUGCUCGCCUUCCUGGCCGCUGCCGGAGCGUCUGUCCUCGGCCUCCCCGGGCAGGGCGGCUCCCCGGCCGCCGGGCCCUGCCUCGCCCCGCUGCAGUGGGAGGGCAGGUGGGUUCUGUAUGACCACGGUACCGGGAGGAACAACCGGGCCGCGGUCUCCUACGACGGCCUGAACCAGAGGAUCCGAGUCCUGCAGCAGAACAAGAAACACACCCCGUGUCAGAAGUUCUUCGAGUACAUCUUCUUGUACCAGAGCAUGGUGAUGUUCCAGAUUGACCAGAAGACCAAGGACUGCUCUAAGAUCGCUCUGACGGAGGCCUGGGAUCCCUUCGACAUCCCAGACAACUCCACCUUCGAGGACCAGUACGUCAUCGGAGGCCCCGGGGACAACGUGGAGGUUCAGGAGUGGUCAGACAGGAAGCCGGCCCGCCAACAUGAGACCUGGGUGGGCGUUUACACCGUGAAGGACUGCUACCCGGUGCAGGAGACCUACACCAGGAACAGCAGCGUCACCACCUCCACCCGCUUCUUCAACCUGCAGCUGGGCAUCAGCGACCCCGACGUCUUCACCCCGCCCAGCACCUGUCAAGCAGCUCGACCAGAGAGGAUGCCCGAGUCCGACUGCUGAGGCUUCGCCAGGACCUCGCCUUUGACCCCGAAAUCACUCCCUCGUUCCCUCGUUCCCCACACCUGAUGUAACGGACGCUCAAUAGUUUAUUUAGCAGCAAACUGAAAUGACACACUUGUUUUUGUGUCAUCACUUACGCUCCUGUUAACUUUUGUAGCUAUAGAAUCUGAUUUUUAAACAGAUGUAGUGAACAUACCAUCCCAAUGUGGGAGUCUUCAGACACUGUAAUGCAUUAAUGUCCCACUCAGCGUCCGUAGGGUAAAUAAAGUGCGCUAUAUAAGGGAGUGAUUCCGGACGCAGUCUAACGUUUUAUAGAAUAGUUUUUUAAUUUGCUGCUAAUUUGCUAAAACAGUUAUCAGGACCAAUGAGCCCUGCUAGGUGCAACCUAACAAAGUAGCUCACAGCUAAUAUUACCAAGUGGUUAUAUUAGGAUUAGCUUCAUGCUAAAAAAAAGUGACUUGAAGUGUUUUCGGCACUGUUCUUUGCUACCGGGCGUAAAGUGAACAGUUUCAGUUUCAGGCAGUUUGAUAAAUCCACAUAUUUCAUCGAUCAAAUGAAGUGCCUCAUAAUGACUGGACACAAUAAUAUGAAUUCAGAAUCAGGUGUUGUGGUUUUUAGUUUCUUUCAGAUUUUAUUUUCCUCAGACGUGCAGAGGUCAGUUUGAGGUUUGUUGUAGAUGUGUUUCCUUGUUACAAACAAGUGUGUGUGGGGGUAGACGCUCAUUGUCACAAUGUCGUGGUAGAGAAAUGCCAGAUGUCUUACAUUAGUGCAGGACCUCAUAUAAGAUGACUGCAGUGUAUAAAAGGAAGUACAAUUGAUCCGAUGAAUAUAAAAAGACACUCUGCAUA